AUGGGAAAGAAACAGCAUCAGAAAGAUAAACUUUAUAUUACUAACAAAGAAUGGAGAGAAGAAUGGGGAGGCAAAAAGUCGGACGAAGGCACUGCCCGCUCGAAGUUCCGGAGGCUUCCGUUUAAUUGUUGUAGUCUGACAUUUCAACCGGCCGAUCAUCCACUAUGCACCAAAGAUGGAGUUGUUUUCGAAUUGUUGAGCAUAGUGCCAUAUUUAAAGAAAUAUGGAAUAAACCCAGUGAAUGGAGAAGCUUUAAAUGCAAAAGAUCUGAUCAAACUGAACUUCUCGAAGAAUAAUGAUGGCAAAAUCCAUUGUCCAGUGACAUUCAAGAUUUUCACAGAAAAUAGUCACAUUGUGGCGAUCAAACAAACAGGUAAUGUAUUCAGCUAUGAGGCGGUGCAGAGGCUUAAUCUGAAGGCUGGGAACUUCAAAGACCUUCUCACUGAUGAACCAUUUACCAAAAAAGACAUCAUCACUAUACAGGACCCAACUUCCCUCGAAAAGUUCAACAUAUCAUCAUUUCACCAUGUACAGAACCAGUUGAAAGUCUUAAGCAAGGAAGAUAAGGCAGCAAAAGGAAGUCCCAUGUACACAAUCAAGAAAGUGAAUGCAGAGAUGGAAAGCACUUUAUCUGAGCUUGCGACAUCAUUUAAAGAAACGAAAGCAAGCACAAGUGCUGGCGAGAAGGAAGUUGUGUCUGAUGAUAGGCAGGCUCAUUACUCAACUGGUGCCAUGGCCGGCUCAUUCACGUCAACAUCGGUUGUUCCCCAAACGAAGCAAGAAGCAGCCACUAUUGACAAGGAUGUUGUGCGCUAUUCAAAGAUCAAGACAAAAGCAUAUGUGCGCAUUGAAACGAAUUUUGGAGACCUAAAUAUCGAACUCCAUAGCGAUCAAGUACCCAAAACUUGUGAAAAUUUCAUCGUAUUGUGCAAAAGAGGAUAUUACAACAACACGACAUUUCACCGCCUGAUAAAGAAUUUUAUGAUUCAAGGGGGAGAUCCGACAGGGACAGGUAAAGGAGGGGAUUCGAUGUGGGGUAAGCCCUUCAAAGAUGAGUUCAAAAGUAACCUGGUUCACCAAGGCAGAGGUAUCUUAAGCAUGGCAAACUCUGGCAAAGACACCAAUAAGUCGCAGUUUUUUAUCACAUUUCGCUCGUGUCGGCAUUUGGAUAACAAGCAUUCUGUCUUCGGACGCGUUGUCGGUGGCAUGGAUACUAUGCGUGCUUUGGAGGAGGUGGAGACGAACCCAAAGGACGAGCCUGUCAAGCUAAUCACCAUCGUUAAAGCCUCUGUUUUUAUUGACCCUUUUGAAGAAUUGGAUAAAGAAGAUGAGCGCGUGGCAACGGAAAAAGAAGAAAACAAACAGUCUAAAAAGUUAGCAAGAACCGAGCCAGAAGUAAAACUAAAAGUACACAAGCAAGGAAUAGGAAAAUACAUCGCGCCGUCAACGUUGAAGAGAUCGCAAACAGAAACUGGGGUUUCAGACCAACCAAAUAAGAACAAAAAGUCGAAGACUGGGACAGGAUUUGGAAAUUUUGAUGCCUGGUAACAAAUAAUCUAAGUUGUUUUCAUCCAAAGGGGAAAAGACUGUUUUUGAGGAAUUGGGCACUCCCUAGCCAAGAACCUGAAUUCAAUUCGUGAUUUGUUAAUUUUUUGUUAAACAACGACUUUCCUGUA